UUCCUGCAGAGACAACCUACCACAGCCUGGAGGACGGGGUGGUGGAGUACUGCACCACAGAAGCCCCAACCACAGUGACAGCUGAAGCACCCCUGGAGAUGAUGGCACACCAGCACGAGGUGUCUGCCAAACCUCAGGAGCUGAAGAGCAGAAUUGCCCUGAACUCAGCCAAGCUCCUGCAGGAGCAGCGAGUGACCAACCUGCACGUGAAGGAGAUUGCUCAGCACCUGGAGCAGCAGAAUGACUUACUGCAGAUGAUCCGUCGCUCCCAGGAGGUGCAGGCCUGUGCCCAGGAGCGACAGGCACAGGCCAUGGAAGGGACACAGGCAGCACUGAGUGCUCUCAUCCAGGUUCUACGGCCGAUGAUUAAGGAUUUCCGUAGGUUCUUGCAGAGCAAUACACCCAGUCCAUCCGUCACCACUGACCCCAGCCAGGCAGGGCAGCAGGAUGGUAUGAUCCAGUGA